CCUGUUGCAGGCAUCAUGUCUAAGUCUGAGUCUUCCAAAGAGCCGGAGCAGCUGAGGAAGCUCUUUAUCAGAGGUUUGAGCUUUGAAACAACUGUUAAGAGUCUGAGGAGCCAUUUUGAGCAAGGGGGAACGCUCACAGACUGUGUGGUAAUGAGAGAUCCGAACACCAAGCGCUCCAGAGGCUUUGGGUUCGUCACCUACGCCACUGUGGAGGAGGUGGGUGCAGCCAUGAAUGCAAGGCUAUGCAAGGUGGACAGGAGAGUUGUGGAACCAAAGAGGGCUGUCUCAAGAGAAGAUUCUCAAAGACGUGCUGCCCACUUAACUGUGAAAAAGAUUUUUGUCGGUGGUAUUAAAGAAGACACUGAAGAACAUCACUUAAGAGAUUAUUUUGAACAGUAUGGGAAAACAGAAGUGAUUGAAAUCAUGACUGACCAAGACAGUGGCAAAAAGAGGGUCUUUGCUUUUGUAACCUUUGAUGACCAUGACUCUGUGGACAAGAUUGUCAUUCAGAAAUACCAUACUGUGAAUGGCCACAACUGUGAAGUAAGGAAAGCCCUAUCUAAGCAAGAGAUGGCUAGUGCUUCGUCCAGCCAAAGAGGUCGAAGUGGUUCUGGAAACUUCGGAGGUGGUCAUGGAGGUGGUUUUGGUGGAAAUGACAACUUUGGUCGUGGAGGAAACUUCAGUGGUCGAGGUGGCUUUGGUGGCAGCCGUGGUGGCGGUGGAUAUGGUGGCAGUGGGGCUGGCUAUAAUGGAUUUGGUAAUGAUGGAAGCAAUUUUGGAGGUGGUGGAAGCUACAAUGAUUUUGGCAAUUACAACAAUCAAUCUUCAAAUUUUGGGCCCAUGAAAGGAGGAAACUUUGGAGACAGAAGCUCUGGCCCUUAUGGUGGUGGAGGGCAAUACUUUGCCAAACCACGAAACCAACGUGGCUAUGGCAGUUCCAGCAGCAGCAGUAGCUAUGGCAGUGGCAGAAGGUUUUAAUUACUGCCAGGAAACAAAGCUUAGCAGGAGAGGAGAGCCAGAGAAGUGACAGGGAAGCUACAGGUUACAACAGAUUUGUGAACUCAGCCAAGCACAGUGGUGGCAGGGCCUGGCUGCUAUAAAGAAGACAUGUGUUAGACAAUACUCAUGUGAAUGGGAAAAAAAACUCGAGGACUGUACUUGUGACUAACUGUAUAACAGGUUAUUUUAGUUUCUGUUCUGUGGAAAGUGUAAAGCAUUCCAACCAAGGGUUUUAAUGUAGAUUUUUUUUUUUUUUUUUGCAUCCAUGCUGUUGAUUGCUAAAUGUAAUAGUCUGAUCAUGACGCUGAAUAAAUGUGUCUUUUUUUUAAAUGUGCUGUGUAAAGUUAGUUUGCUCUGAAGCCAUCUUGGUAAAUUACCCCGACAGUGUGAAGCUAGAAUUUCUUCAGGGUGAUGCCAGGUUCCAUAUGAAAUUUACUCACAACCUGCUUGGGCACAGAAGCCGUUGUCUUCAGAAACUUUGGUGUAGUUGAAUUGACAGUUACUGUGUUGUGACCUGGAGUUCGUCAUUAAAAGGGUCACCCAAGCAGAGUCGUGGAGUUCAUUUGGUUAUUUAUGAUUGUUGGCACAUCCUAUGCAAUAUAUCUAAAUUGAAUUAUGGUACCAGAUAAAAUUAUAGAUGGAUAUGAAGCUUGUGUAUCAUCCAUUAUCAUGUGUACUCAAUAAACGAUUUACUAUCCUCUUG